AUGGUGGCCUGCCAUGCUGUGCCAAAGAAGAAAGGCAGCCGAGACAACAUAUCAAAGCGUAUUGAGCGUAUCGAAGAAUUCAUUGCCCAGAAUGGAUCUGCUUCCGAGGGACAGAGUACCGCAAGCCCUUCGGAUGGUUCAGAGACUGGCAACCCACCCCAGCCACCGAGGUCGGUAGGCAUUGAGGAGCAACAGUCCUUUUCAACACCAAGCAAUGAUACGAGUUCAAAACUGAACAGAGGACCUAUUCCUGGUCGGUCGGCAUGUGGCCAAAUAUAUUUUGCCGGUUGCUAUCUUGGAACUAUGGACUCACCUGACCGUAUCCCAGCUUUCUCGGCCGAGGGAUUAGAAUGGAUUUUUUCUGCGACAGGAGAACAUCCGACCUUUUCCAACAUCACAGUGGAAGAUUCCGCAAAUCCUAAAAAAUCCUUUUAUUCUCCCAUGUACUCAUCCGAAGAUCAUCCCAACGGAAGGGAGCGAUUCCCAGAUCUCUGGAUCACGCAGGCCUUUGUUAGGGAGUUCAUGGAGUCCAGUAUCAGACAUGUAUUCCCGAUUAUCGAUGAUGUGCUCUUCGAAAGAACAAUCGAAAUCGCAUAUGGGCCCGAGCCCGGGCCAAAUUCCUCCGAGUAUUUAUCCUCGCGGGCUUGUGUUCUGGCAUUUGUUUCUUUAAUGAGUUUCCAAUUCUCGACCAUCCCAGCGGCAGCCCACAUUGACAGAUUGGAGUGUAUGACUUGGGCCCAGUCACUUAUCGGCAGGUGUCUCAACUUUCCAAGCUUGACAACAUUGCAGACGCUUGUCUCACUGCAACUAAACAGCAUGGUCUUGGGACACAUGCAAGCAGGUGUCAUGUUUCAUGGCAUGGCUUGCCGCACGACUUGUACUCUUGGGGCUCAUACCAUCGUUCCUACGCCGCCCUCAGAUCGAGCCUUGACAGUCCCGGAGCGAAUCGAUGAACAACAACGAAAAAUGUUCUGGGUUUGCUACAUCUUCGAUAAGAAUCUUGCCUUGCGAACAGGCCAACCGCCAAGCUUGUGGGAUGAGUUUUGCGACCUUACACUGCCCCCUGAAUACGUCAAAGGUCGAUUUGGCGUUCCGGAAUACGAACACCUUGUUCGAGCUCCAUAUCCAGUCCUCUUUGGAGACAUUCGUCUUAGUAUACUCAAAUCCAAGGUAUCUAGGGAGUUGUACUCUAUUCAGUCUCUGCGCAAGUCCAAUGCCGAGCUUCUGCAAUCCAUUAGAGAGCUUGAUGAGGAACUUGAGGGUUGGCGCUCAUCGCUACCGAGAAAUUUCAAACCGAGAGUUUCAUUCUCACCUCACUACGAGAAAUGGCUGUCGGACAUGGAAUUUGCGAGAUCCGUCCAGCACAUCGAGCUCCAUCUUGAGUACCACCAUCUGGUAGCUUCAAUUCACGGCGCAAGCGGUAGAUGCUUCAAAAAUGGUCGAGUUGAUCCUAAAAUCAUUGGACUUCAGUCAAGUCUCGAUCUGGCUGUUGAGGCUAGUCGGACAACUAUUAUCUAUCUAAGUGUGGCAAUCGAUUCACUUCCAAGGGAAGCAUUUUGGGCAUUUCUCUUUCAUCCCAUGUCUGCUCUGAUUACGUUGUUCUUCAAUGUAAUCAGAGAUCCGCUGGCAGCUGAAGCAGAAGGCGACACCAACCUCAUCAGCACAGCUGGUGACCUAAUUCAAAGGCUUCCAUCGCACCAGUUACUCAGGCUGCACGAGACAUCAUUCAUAGAACAACUUGGUGCAUUUGUCGCUGAACUAAGCCGUCUUGCAGCAAAAGCCAUCAACAAGGCUCGGAAUGAGCGUGCUGGAUGA